AGCAGGAGCUCGCUGGAUCUGCAGGAGCAGUUGUGCUGUGAUCCUCCACCUUACGUGUUGAUGUUUGGAGGAAGAAGAGGAUCCUCCUGAGUCUGGAUUUCUUCCUUUAGAAACAUCUGCGAACAUUUUAACAGAAAAGGAGCGCCGCUUCUUCCCGAGUAUGGAGAAGUACGAGAAGAUUGGAAAGAUCGGAGAGGGUUCCUACGGCGUCGUGUUCAAGUGCAGAAACAAAGACACAGGGCAGAUUGUCGCCAUCAAGAAGUUUGUGGAGUCAGAGGAUAAUCCCAUCAUUAAAAAAAUUGCACUGAGGGAGAUCAGGAUGCUCAAGCAACUGAAACACUCCAACCUGGUGAACCUGAUCGAAGUGUUUCGACGCAAACGAAAGCUUCACCUGGUGUUCGAGUACUGCGAUCACACCGUCCUCAACGAGCUGGACCGCCAUCCCAGAGGCGUUCCAGAGCAUCUCGUAAAAAGUAUAACCUGGCAGACGCUUCAAGCAGUCAACUUCUGCCACAAACAGAACUGUAUUCACAGAGACGUCAAACCGGAGAAUAUUCUCAUCACCAAGCAUCAAGUCAUCAAACUCUGCGACUUUGGGUUCGCCAGGAUUCUCACUGGACCGUGUGACUACUACACAGACUAUGUUGCAACCCGCUGGUAUCGCUCCCCCGAACUGCUGGUGGGAGACACUCAGUAUGGCCCCCCAGUGGACGUGUGGGCAAUCGGUUGCGUGUUUGCCGAGCUCCUGUCGGGGACGCCUCUGUGGCCGGGGAAGUCAGACAUGGAUCAGCUGUAUCUGAUCAUAAAGACUCUCGGAGAUCUGAUUCCUCGACACCAGCAGGUCUUCAGCAACAACCAGUUCUUCUGUGGUGUUUCCAUUCCAGAGCCACAGCAGAUGGAACCUUUGGAGCAAAAAUAUCCAAACCUCUCGCAUCAAGCCCUGAGCCUGAUGAAGGGCUGUCUGAGGAUGGACCCGUCUGAGCGGCUGACCUGUGAGCAGCUCCUCCAGCAUCCGUACUUCGACAGCCUGAGAGAACGAAACGAGAGCACGUCUCGAGAGCAGGACCGCUCCGGCAACAAAAGGACACGUUUACCUCGCAGACACGUUCCCCCCGGGUAUUUGCCACAGCUGACUGGCAGCAGCUUCUUUCCAGCUCUGGACAAUAAGAGGUACUACAACAACCUGCGCAAGUUCAACUAUCACCUACCGAACAUCUAAUCUCACCGGUCCUGAUCCAAGUUCAUCCUGACCACCAUCAACAGUUCAGUUAACACGAAGCAGACUCUGGUAGCACUUUUUAAAACACAUUUGAUGAAGCUCCGACCACUUUUUAAGAUAUUUAUCACGAGGUGUGUCCAGUAUCUCCCCACUGAUGUCAGUCUAUGCACUAUCCCCAGCAGGUCCACUGGGACAUGUUGGUUUAUGUAUGUUGCAGACGUUUCAGACUGAUUUUUGUAUAGAGACAAGAAGCAGUGAGCUGCUCCACCGUAGCUGCUGAGUAGACUGAGGGUUAAACUCCAAUGUACUGCCUUGCCUGGUUUGCCAAAUGUAUUUUUAUAUAAUGACGGGCUCUGUAAGAGCAACUUGUUUGUUGUUUAUUUGAGUAAAUUAUAAUACAGGACGCAGAGUUUAACCACUCAUGAGCAUUUCAGAAAAUAUUAUUUAUUGACAUUAGGAGUGAAU